GGAUAUAAUACAACAUUUAGAGCCACAAGCGAAAGAGCUGAACAAUUGAUCGGUUUAGUUCGCUCACCCAUCAAGCCUCAUCUACCCGCUAUUAGUCGAUUCUUGAUUGUAGCCACAUUUUAUGAAGAUGCAAUGCGUAUUAUAUGGCAAUGGUCAGACCAAGUCAUGUAUCUUGAAAAGGCCCGUCAUUUCCCCGGUUAUACUGCUCCGAUGUUCCUAGGUUUCAAUGCCACAGUAAGUUACUGAAAUAUAUACUCAUGAUACCUAUUCUGAUCAAAAAUAUAGUCUAUGUUGGUCUUUGCUUCUUGCAUUAUAUUAAAGCGAUGUGUCGGUCCCUCUGUAGCUAUUUUAGCUACUGUCAUUAUUGGACAAGCAAUUGCAUAUGGUUUAGUGUUUGAUUUGGUAAGUAGAUAUUUGUGUACACUUGCACGGACUUCGACUAACAUGUACGACUGUAGAUGUUUUUCUUGCGUAACCUAUCAGUAACAGGUGGUCUUUUAUUGUGCAUGUCUGAAUCUAUUUUACGCAAAAAGAGCAAACACACAGUAUUCGCGUCAUUACCACAGCUAUCAGAAAGUGAGCGACAUAAGUAUUUCCAGUUGGCCGGACGUGUGUUACUUGUAUUAUUGUUCCUUGGUUUUAUUUUCAACGGCGAGUGGAAUUUAGCACGUUUGAUUGUAUCGGUUAUUGGGUUAGGUGCAUGCGGUAUGAUUGUAGUAGGCUUCCGUGCCAAAUGGUCAGCUACUUUCUUGGUUUCUUUGCUUUGUAUCAUCAAUAUGUUAGUGAACAACUGGUGGUCAGUUCAGCACUCCAACUACAAACGUGACUUUUUACGUUAUGAUUUCUUUCAGUGUUUGAGUAUCAUGGGUGGCUUGUUAUUGUUAGUAUCGAUUGGUCCUGGUGGAUUCAGUUACGACGAAAAAAAGAAGGAGUUUUAAAAAAGCCGUUACAUUCCAUUAUAAAUAAUAUACUCUCAUUACUUUUACA